AUGGGAACGGCGGCGUCGAGGUCGACGACGCAGGGCGCGGACAGCGCGGCGUCCGAGUCCAGGGUCAAGACAGUAAGCGGCUGGGCGCCCCCCGGGGACAGCGCGAACGACCUCCGCAGCCUUGCCGACAUCUGGACCUUCGACGUGUCCGCCGGGCGGGAACAGAAGCCCGCGGGGCGCCGCGGACCGCGCGCGCGGAGCAAGGACCAGGAGCCUGCUGCCCCCCGGCUCCUCUUCGGGUGCCUCAUGCGGCCGGGGAUCGUCGCGGAGCCCCACGACGACGCCCUCCGCCCGAAGGACAGCGCGGCGACGCGAAACUCGCAGGUGAGCGCGGCGCUGCUGCUUCGUCGGGAGCGCGCGCACUCCUCGUUCAACCUAGGCAGCGUCUUCUGCCACUCGGGCAGCCAGGGGCACGCGCUCACGCUCCCGAUGGUCACGGACGCGUGCCCGAUGGAGAUGCGCACGUCCGAGUGGUCGCUGCACCGCUUCACCGUGCUCAAGGCGCUCAGCGUGAGCGAGCACUCGAAGGUCUACCUCACCUCGGACAUCUACAGCGGCCUCCAGGUCGCCAUCAAGGUCGUCGACUACAGCACCCUCGACGACGCCGGAAAGGUCAACCUCGAGCGCGAAAUCCGCCUCCACUCGGCGCUCAAGCACCCCAACGUUCUGGCCAUGUACGGCGCCUUCCGCGUCGACCACUUCCUGCUCAUCCUGCAGGAGGUCGCGCACAAGGACCUCUCCUCCGUCCUCGAGGGCAUGCCGCUCGACGAGUCGGUCAUCGUGCGCCGCGUCCUCUUCCCCCUCCUCCUCGCCCUCGAGUACGUCCACGGCGUCGGCAUCAUCCACCGCGACAUCAAGCUCGAGAACGUCGCCUUCUCCGCGACCGGCCAGCUCAAGCUCAUGAACUUCGGCUUCUGCAUCGACGCCGUCGGGGAGCGCCCCGUGUCCCGCCUGGGCACGCUCGAGUACAUGGCGCCGGAGCUCGUGUGGCCGGGGGACCUCGCCGAGGAGGAGCCGGAGGAGCGCGGCGCCCCCGGGUCCCACGACCGCGACAACUUCGACGAGAGUAAGGGCAACCUGCACACGCGGCAGUACCGCACGUCGGUCGACAUCUGGGCGCUGGGCGUGGUGCUGUACGAGCUUCUGGUGCGCCGCAAGCCGUUCGAGCGCGAGUCGCGCGGGGAGCUGGCGCGCGCGAUCAUGGCCGGGGAGUGCACGAUCCCGCCGUGGCUCGGCGCCCACGCGCGCGCGUUCCUGUCCGCGUGCCUCUCCGUGGAGCCCUCGCAGCGGCCGACGGCGUCGGCGCUGCUCACGUGCGGGCUCAUGUCGGCGCACCUCGAGCGCGACCACCUCGAGGUCGCCGCGCACACGAACGGCGCGCACCGCGGCCGCCGGCACUCGGUCUUCUCGGUCGUCGGCGACAGGAUGGUCGAGGUCCGCGGGCACAACAGCGUCACCACGCCGCUCUCGUCGCGGCGGCCGUCGCGGGACAGCUCGCGGCCCGUCGUCGGACGCAUCGGGUCGUCCGCGCGCAUCUCGGGCGCGCUCGGCGCGGGGUUCCCGGCGUGCGCCGCCGCGCCGGCGACAGACGGCGUCUUGGGCCCCGGGCGCGACUCGAAAGCCCACACGCGGUCGGUCAAGACCCAGAGCCUCACCGGCGAGCGCCGGCUGUCCGCGGAGGCGCAGCGGCAGACGUCCUUCAUGGACGACACGUGCGCGAGCGCGCUCAUGGCCCUCCAGGACCGCUACCUCCACACGAUCGCCUCGGCCGACGCAGCCAUGAUGCAGGCCCAGCGGGUGAUCUGGCAACAGCAGCGCGUGAUCCAGCAGCCGCAGGGGCGGUAG